AUGGAGGUUUUCGGUAGAGUGGAUGCUGAUCUCAAGGUCAUUGAUGAGGAAAUAAUGGUUCUUGAAAAUAAUGUUCAGCAACAUCAUUUACAGGAUGUGGAAUUUGAGCUUUUGAGAUGCAAGCAAAAACACAUACAAUAUAUGCAUAGAGAAGAGAUUAUGGGUUGUAAAAAAUCAAGAAUAAAGUGGAUUUGUGAAGGGGACGAAAACACGGCUUUCUUCCAUGCUUCUCUUAGAUGCAAAAAGAAAUUUAAAGUAUUGGAAAAUAUGGUUCUUGAUGACGGUAGAGUGCUUGAAUCAGGUGAAGCGGUCCUUGAGGGUGCUGUGGAAUUUUUUCAGCAGCAUUUAUCGACCUCAGAAGUGUGUCUAGAGGAUCUGGGUAUGAAUCUUUUAUCUCUUGUUAUUUUUGAGGCUGGAAAUAGUUCUUUAUGCAGAGCACCUGAGAUGAUAGAAAUUAAAGAGGCUCUUUGGUCGAUUCUGCAAGAUAGUAGUCAGGGGCCUAAUGGUUUUUCUGCAAGCUUUUUCCAUCAUGCAUGGGAUAUUGUCAAAGAUGAUUUAUUGAAGUUGGCUAUUGAAUUUUUUUAG